AUGGGAUGCGGCGGGGCGGUUGGCGGCGGCGGUGAGCGUAUGGAGGAGGACGAGGCAGGGGCGUCGACGUCGACGUCGUCGUCGUCGUCGCCGCCGCCGCCGCCCAUCGCGCAGCUGGGCUACGACCAGGUCCUCUCCAUCCUCCGUCUGCUCCCGCCCGAGGCCGUGCUCUCCUUCGCCGCCACCUGCCGCGCGUUCCGAGCCUGGGCCUCCUCGGACGCGCUCUGGGAGGCGCUGUGCCGCCGCGACUGGGGCGCCCGCGCCGCCGCCGCGCUCGCCGAGCGCCGGCGCGACCGCCACGGCGGCGGCGGUGGCGGCCUGCAGGCGCCGUGGCGGAGGGUCUACGCCGAGGUCGCCAGGCUCGGCGCCCUGUCCGCGCGCCGCGUCCCUGUCAGGGGCGCCUCGCCGCGGCCCCGCGCGUCGCACUCGCUCAACCUCGUCGCCGGCUGGCUCGUGCUCUUCGGCGGCGGCUGCGAGGGAGGUCACCAUCUUGAUGAUACUUGGGUGGCUUAUGCUGGAACUGGAGCUGGAAAUAGACCGCCUGCUAUACUUAGCUGGCAGCAAUUAGCCUCUGGCACUCCAGGUGGUCGAUUCAGUCAUUCAUGCACUCUAGUUGGUGACACAUUAGUCUUGUUUGGUGGAAUCACAGAUCAGGGGCAGCGCUUGAAUGAUACAUGGAUAGGUCAAAUUAUCUGUGAAGAGCAUCGAAGGAUGCGGAUCUCAUGGAGACUGCUGGAGGUAGGUCCGCUUGCACCACCUCCUCGUGGAGCUCAUGCAGCCUGCUGUGUGGAUGACAAGUUUAUUGUAAUUCAUGGUGGGGUAGGGCUCUAUGGCAGCCGGCUUGGUGAUACAUGGCUUCUUGAUCUCUCAAAUGGCCUCCAAUCUGCCAGUUGGCAUCAAAUAGGCAACACAUGGCCUUUGCCUCCACCUCGUUCUGGUCACUCUUUAACUUGGAUUGGUGGUACACGCAUGGUAUUAUUUGGUGGUAGAGGAUCAGAAUUUGAGGUUCUUAAUGAUGUCUGGCUGUUUGAUAUUAGUGAUCGAUACCCCAAAUGGAAGGAACUAAAGUAUGACUUGUCUAGUGCUCUUGGUGAACUUCCUUUUCCACGGGUUGGGCAUUCAGCAAUACUUGCCUUGGGUGGCAAGGUCCUUGUGUAUGGCGGGGAGGACUCACAAAUGCGUCGAAAGGAUGACUUUUGGAUCUUGGAUACACCAGCUCUACUUCAGUACGAGUCAGGUUCCAAGAAAAUGACCAAAAAGAUGUGGAAAAAACUAAGAAUUGAUGGUCAGUGCCCAAAUUACCGAUCCUUCCAUGGGGCAUGUGUAGAUACUUCUGGUUGCUGUGUGUAUAUUUUUGGUGGAAUGGUUGAUGGCCUUGUACACCCUGCAGAAACCUGGGGUUUGAGAUUUGAUGGGCAUCUGUAUCAAGUGGAGCUUCUGCUACAUCUCUAG